UGGAAUAACAGACCAACAUAUUUUUUAAUUGUAUAAUGACGAACCAAAUGUCAACAUCUUUCAGUUUCUUUGUCAUCUUGGUUUUAGUUGUUGCAGGGCAAUUAAUACAGGUAGAAGGUGAAUGCACAAAAAUUGUUGGUAGCUGUGCAAGACAAGAUUGUUCUGAACACUGUAAUUCCUUUGCAAGAGGCGUUCGUGUUUUAGGAUCGUCAUGUUCAUUCUAUAACUUAUGCACUUGUACUUAUGAUCAGCCACCACCUGGAUUGACACCACCUGGUAACUGUGGUAUUGGGAUGGGAAUUUGCACUGGUGACUGUCAAGAUGAUUGUUGCAACAAAAGGUGUGUUAGUAGAUAUAGUAAAACGGGUGUUGGGAAGUGUGUUGAUGCCCUUGAUAUGAGUCUUUGCCUUUGUUCCUAUGAUCGUUGAGUUUGAUCUUAAAGGAAAUACAAUAAGUAUGUAUGAUAUUCAUAGCUAUUUCAAAUGUAUUAUCUUCAUGAUUUUAUUCAUCAAUUAAUUGAUAGAAUAGUUGACCAACCGAAUAGAAUAUUUUGUAAUAAUUAGUUAUAAUAAGGAGGGUGUAUAUUUGCUCCAAAAAAAAGGAGGGUGUAUUGAUUGCUAAAAAAAGAGGGUGUAUUGAAUUGAGAUUUUAAAGAAAUUUUAAUGGACAUUUUUAUGAUAACAUAGCUUU